AUGGAAUCAGGUGACGAAAAUGCGAUUGAUUCUUCGAACAACUGCCAUAAUACAAGGAAAAUCGAGCACAUGCAAAGCGAGGAAGUUGAAAACGCAAUCGAUUCUAGUCUCAAUGCUCCUUCAACAGAAGAAAAAGCUACAAAUACGGGUGAACCACCAAAAAAAGUUACAUUCAAAAUUAAAGGUGAUCUUCAUGGAGUGAAGGCGGUACCUAUAUUGGCCCAUGAUCAAAGGAAUGAAUCGGAAAAGUUGGAAAUACCAACUGAGAACAAAGAAUCUGAGAAGUUGGAAGAGAACACAAAAGAGCAUCAAAAGGAAGAGGUGCCCCUGAAAAAUAAAAAAGAAACAGAAAGUGUCGAGGCAGAUCCAACAAAAUCAGAGGAAAAGAAGGAAGAGAAGAAAGACGAUGAUGAGUUAAGGUUGCCAACUGUUACAACUCAUUCAAAUGAGUUAGAAGCAUCAUCUUCGGGAACAAAAGAAAUUAUUGAAGAAAAAGAAGAUGAGGAGUUAGAAAUUGCAAUACAAUUGGCAAUUGCAAACUCGUUGGAAAACAUUGUUUCAAAGGAUGAAUCCAACAAAGAAAAAAAGGAUGAUGAACAAGUUAAUUAUAAUGAUCAAAAGGAACAGGAAGAAGUCCUCGUGGAAACUGAAAUGAAGAAACAGAUGAUGAAGAAGUUGGUGAUGAUGAAAAGAAUGAUAACAGUGACCGAGAAAUACCAAGAACAGCUACAGGGCAUGUGGGAGAAUGUUAAGAAAUCAACUGGUUGCCCAAUAGAGAAAAAAGAUUCCAGGGAAGAGGAUGAUAAUGCAGAAGGUGAUGAAAAUCAGAACACUGACGAUGAUGAAGAUCAAAACACAGAAGCUGAUGAAGAGGAGAACGAUGAAAAUGAAUCUACAAAAGUCAAAUCAACUUUAAGGCAGGAAGUUAAUGAAGAAGAUGAGAACAUUAACAAUGAUGAAAUCGUUUCAUCUCCUCCAAGAAAAAUGAAGAGAAAAAGCGCCGCACCAAAGACAAAAUUGCAAUCAGGGAUCAUUGAAAAACAAGCUGAAGAUCCAGUGGAAAAAGACGAUGAAGAAACAAAUGAUGAUAUACUGAUUAGUCAAUUCAGAGUGGCAAGGACACAACCACAAAGAAAAAGAACAAAAAAGGAAAAGAAUGCAACAACAAAAAAGGAAGAGGAAAAGGAUGAAAAUGCUGUUGAAAAAAGAGGAAAGGGAGUGGUACAGAAAAAGGCAGCAAAGGCCUUGGGAACAAGAACACCAACAAGAAGAAGCUUAAGAGUGCAAGAAAGUGAGAAAGCUGUUGAAGAAAAGGAGGAAGAUGGAGAGAUUGUAAAGGAAACAAAAAGGAGAGUUGAAAGAAUACCCCGUAAAACAGUGAAGAAAGAAGAAUCUGACAUAGAUGAAGAAGAUGAGGAAGAUGAUGAAAAUUAUGAGGUGGAAGAAGAAGAAGAAGAAGAAGAAGAAGAAGAAGAAGAGGAGGAAAAGCCAUUCAACAAGAGAAAGAGACAACAAUUACAGGUAACAUUUACAAUAUUAAAAAUUCUUCAUAAUAAACUAGAAAACAUAAAAAAUGAUUAUGACAAAAGCAGAAAAAGGCAAAGGAAAAUUAAGGAUAUCGAAGAGGAUGAUGAUGAUGAUUUGGAGUUAUUGGAGAUUGAUGAGGAUGAAAAGCCGAUUGUUCCAAAGCAAAAGAAAAAGGUGGUGUUGUAUCAGAAAAUUCCCCCAACCCAAUUGAUAGAACUUAUCAAGAAAAUGUCUGACGAGCACAAGGAAGCUAUCAGGAAAAUUGGAUUUGGGGGAUUUCUGAGUCUGAGCAUGGCAAAUCACAAUUCAGCAUUGGCAAAUUACAUAGUGUCAAGCUCGAAUGUAGACCGACAGUCAAUCGUUCUGCCCGGAAGUGGUGAUAUUUUUGUCACACCUGAAGACGUUCAUCAGGUCUAUGGUGUACCAUUGGGAAGGGAAGAGAUUGUGGAGCCAGAAAAUGAAGACAUUGAUGAUAAUUACGUAGAGUUCUUAGCAACAUGGAGGAAAAGUUUCAAGUUGAGGAAGGGAAGCCCAAAAAACUUGCCACUAAUUGCUAGAAUAAAGGACCUGAUGCUUGAACCAGUAUCCAAUGAGUUCAUUUCGAACUUUGUCAUUGCUGCAGUGUGA